AUGUUUCUUAGGACAUGGAGUAAAAUAAACACGCCAUAUAGUGCCAGUCGGUUACUAUCGCUGAAACCACAAGGACUAUUAAGAACGAUGUCCACCAACACCAUAACUUCGGAAUCUAGCACUACUACAAACGAGAAGCCUGCCGACCUGACACCACUUAAGCUGGCGAAUGAACUUUACGCUUCUAUUAGAAUUCACAAUAGACCGUAUGUGGUCACCAAGGGAGAUAGGGUUAUUCUUCCUUUCAAAAUUAAACUGGCUGAGGUCGGUGACGUCUUAAGACUGACUGAUGUGUCCUCCAUUGGGUCACGCAAUUAUAAAUUGGUUGGUGACCCUAUAGAUCCAGCAUUGUUUACUAUUAAGGCUACUAUACUAGAAAAGACAAAGAGAGCCUUCCAUAUAAGGGAGGUGACGAAGAGAAGGAACAGAAGAACUCGUCAUGCUAAAAGUAAAGGGGACUUGACCAUACUAAGGAUAUCUGAAUUAAAGAUGAACUGA